AUUGACAUGAAUGAUGCGACUUCGUGCUGAGUAACUUCUUUGGUAUGCGAUAUCUCGGUGUGCUUUCUACUAUCAUACAUCCCUCUGAAAAUUAAGAAAGUGAUUUCACUAAUGGAUUUAAUUUUUUUAAUUUUCAAAACUUUUAUUAUUUCAAUGAGACCUUAUUUAACUAAUAUAAUAUUAAAGUUUCUUAAGUCAUAUUAUCUCUUUAUGGCAGGCGAUGAGUCCUUAGUUAAAAGAAAGAAAUAUGAUUUGUUUGAUAAUAUGACAAUCAAAUGGAACAGCCACAAUACAAUCAAUUACGUUUAUUUUAUAUAGACGAACGUACCGUACCGGUACGUUACGUUUACACAGGCCCACUUCUUCAGUUCUCGAUUAACGGUUCUACUUGGAAGACUGAAUAUUUAUUGGAAAAUAGACAGAACUACCAGACAUGUCAGGCAGCAUGUCACCUCCAAGGGGUACCCUAACCCUAAAAUGGGACCCAAAGAACCUGGAGAUUAGAACAUAUUCAGUGGAGAAGACGUUGGAACCAUUAGUUACACAGGUGACUACACUCGUCAACACCAAACCGUCGAGUAUGAAGAAAGGUCGAUCUAAGAAAGCUCAUGUUUUGGUGGCUGCUGUGAUCAAAGCAACAGAGAAGUUCAUUGAGCAAGGAGAAGAGAUAGCUCAUGAAAUACCAGAGAUUGAAAGGGAGAUGUUGACUGCUGUUGAAGAAGUCAGAAGCACCGGUGAAGAUAUGCGUGUAGCAUCAAGUGAGUUUGCAGAGGAUCCAUGUUCUUCCGUAAAGAGAGGUUCCAUGGUUAGAGCUGCGCGUGCAUUGCUCUCUGCAGUCACCAGACUUCUCAUAUUAGCCGACAUGGUUGAUGUACAUCUUCUACUUCAGACACUCAGAGUUGUUGAAGAUGAUUUGGAUAAAAUCUUGCGAUCACAGAACCCAGAAGAUCUGAUGAACAACUUCAAGCGUUUUGGACAGAACAUGAUGGAGUUCAACGAUAUCUCUGGUCGCAGACAAAAUGAUUUGAAGGAUCCUCGACGUCGUGAUGAAAUGGCUGCUGCCAGAGCAGACCUUAGGAAACACAGUACUAUGCUCUUCACUGCUUCUAAAGCUUGGUUGCGACAUCCUGAUGUUCCAGCUGCUAGGGAGAACCGUGACUAUGUUGUCAAACAGUUAGAGGAUGCAAUGAAUGCUAUCUCUAAUGUAUCUCAAGCAACAGGAGAUUCUAGCGCCAAUCCUAACAUCGAAGGAUCAGGAGAACUCAUUGCGGCACUUGAUGAAUUAGAUAAGAAGAUUAAGAUGAGUCCCGUGGAAUACAACGAAGUGCGUACGCGCCCGUCCCUAGAGGAGCGUCUUGAGAGUAUAAUCAGUGGAGCCGCUCUCAUGGCUGAUUCAUCAUGUACCAGGGAUGAUAGAAGAGAAAGGAUUGUAGCUGAGUGUAAUGCUGUGAGACAGGCGCUACAGGAUCUACUCUCAGAAUACAUGAAUUGUGCUGGAAGCAGAGACCGCAGUGAUCCCUUGGAUGAGGCUAUUGAGAGAAUGUGCAAGAAAACCAAAGAUCUACGUAGACAGCUCCGUAAAGCAGUUGUUGACCAUGUAUCCGAUUCCUUCUUGGAGACCAACGUACCUCUUCUGGUCCUGAUCGUGGCAGCCAAGAGUGGUAAUGAGGCGGAGGUAGAGAAAUAUGCCAAGGUCUUCCAAGAACAUGCCAACAAGCUGGUCGAGGUUGCCAAUCUGGCAUGUUCAAUGUCCAAUAACGAGGAAGGUGUGAAGAUGGUCCGUAUGGCAGCAACGCAGAUUGAGAACCUAUGCCCUCAAGUAAUCAAUGCAGCUCGUAUCUUGGUAGCCAGACCACGUAGCAAGGCUGCUCAAGAUAACAUGGAUGUCUUCAAGGAUCAGUGGGAGACCCAGGUCCGUCUUCUCACCGAGGCUGUGGAUGAGAUCACUACCAUUGAUGACUUCUUAGCCGUAUCAGAGAGUCAUAUAUUGGAGGAUGUGAAUCGUUGCGUGAUGGCGCUUCACCAGCAGGAUUCUGAGACGUUAGACCUGACUGCUAACUCGGUCAAAGGACGUUCAGCUCGCAUCUGCACCGUAGUCAACUCUGAAAUGUUAAACUAUGAAUCUGGUCUGUACACAGAUAAGGUCAAAGAAGCAGUUAAUAUUCUCAAGAAUGAAGUUAUUCCUCAUUUUUCCAACAUGGUUGAGAUAGCUGUUGAUGCGUUGAGCUCUCAACCACCUAAAGACACGGAGGAGAAUGAGUUUGUUGAUGCGUCUCGUAUGGUGUAUGAUGGUGUGAGGGAAAUCAGAAGAGCAGUACUAAUGAAUAGGAAUCCUGAUGAGAUCGAGACCGACACUGAAGUGGACUAUGAAGAGGAGUACGACGUCAAGAGCAAAUCAAGCUACCAGACUGAGCCUUAUGAAAUUGAAGAUGUACAGGAAGGAGUCACAUCUAGGGCAAUGAUGAGGGAUCUGCCAGCAGAGGAGAGAGAGAAGAUCAAGGAACAGGUUGAACUGUUCCGUCAAGAGAAGGAGAAGCUAGAUCUUGAGAUGGCUAAAUGGGAUGAUAGUGGUAAUGAUAUCAUCAUCUUAGCUAGACAGAUGUGUAUGAUCAUGAUGGAGAUGACAGAUUUCACCCGUGGAAAGGGUAAGCUAAAAACAACCAUGGAUGUGAUCAAUGCUGCUAAGAGAAUUGCUGACACUGGUACUAAACUGGAUAAACUUGCCAGACAGAUCGCCGAUCAGUGUCCUGACUCUUCAUCAAAGGAGGAUCUGCUCGCAUACCUCCAACGUAUCGCCCUCUAUUGUCAUCAAUUGAACAUCACCAGUAAAGUCAAGGCUGAAAUUCAGAAUAUCAGUGGGGAGUUGGUCCUUUCUGGGUUGGACAGUGCUACUUCCUUGAUCCAAGCUGCUAAGAACUUGAUGGGAUCUGUAGUCCAGACGGUCAAGGCUUCCUACGUAGCAUCUACAAAAUUCAGAUCCAAGAUGCAAGCAGCUGGAACAACUGCUUCUCCUGUAGUCCUAUGGAAGAUGAAGGCUCCAGAGAAGAAGCCUCUUGUCAGACGUGAGAUCCCUGAUGAAUUUGAUUCUAAGAUCAGGAAGGCAGCCAAGAAACGUGAAGUCAAUCCUGUACAAGCUCUCAGUGAAUUCAAGGAGAAAGGUCCAUUUUAAGAUGCUGACUGAUUAUACCUACGCCCCGUCUUACAAAGAGUUGUGAUUGAUCCGAUCAAUCACAACUAUGGAAAGCCAACUAUGCCAACAUCUAAAAUGCGCGUUUGUCAAAAUGUUUUCUAGAUACAUGUAUGAUGUACAUGUGUAUACUAAUACAUUCAUUGUUGUCUUGAUAAUAUGUGCUCCUCUUUGUUUCCAAGUAACUGUGCAAAACUUUGGUAGGAAAAUUAUGACUAUGAUGGAUUUCCAUAGAGUUGAGAUUGAUCGAAUCAAUCGCAACUCUUUGUAAUGUUAUGAAUGACCCGUGAUCCUUUCUUAGGCACUAAAUCCACAUCAUUGAAAAUUCAAUGUAUAUCAUGUACCACAAGAAAGGAUGCCAAUCUUUUGUAAAGCUGCACGUAACUUACGAACAGCUUUAUGAAACACCCACUCGGGUGUGUUUCAUAAAUCUCUUCAUAUUGAGUUACGCACGACUGCACACAUGAUUUUACGCAUGACUGGUGAUCCUUUCUUGGUUGCUAAAUCAGAUUCUCAAACAUAUUGAUUCCCCUCAGCUACAGUUGGAAUCUGAUCUUUGUAGAUUGAAAUUAACAUUUUAACACGAAUUUGGGAAAAGUGGGAAAUGGAUCUCAUUAUGUUAAAAUAGGGAUAAUAUUUGGUGUUUCAUUAAGCGCAAUUAAGCGUCAGUAGUCGUAUUGUGUGUAAAUUAAGAAAAGCUUUAUGAAAUGGCCCUCUACACGGGAUAUCUCUGGUCUUACUUCAGUUGUUGAAAGCUAGUUUUAAGCGUUGUCUUGAAGUAAUUGGUAUUCCUUAUUUACAGACAUCUUACCUAGUCCAUUCUCAUACAAGAAAACAGUAAUAGAGGUAACUUUUGCUCGGUGAUAUAUGAAUAUUUACAAAGACUAUGCUUAUUGUAAUAUGCAUAAUUCUUUGGCUGCAGAAUAUUGAAUGAUAAUAGAUAAAACAAACAAUUUUAUAAUAUAUUAAUCACUUUUUUUCCAUCUGCAGAGUGAUCAAGAUGACUACAGACUUUAUUUCUUCUGUCCAAAAUUAAUCAAUUGUUAAGGCCAAUACUUGUGUUAAUAGUAUUAGUUUUUAAUCACUCACAGUACUUGUUUUUUUUACCAAAGCUGGACUGAGUACUAACAAAUAAAGUAUUGUAAGAAAUCCAAACUUGGCAUCAUUUGUAGGUUAAUGAAGUUCAUUUUUAACAGUUAGAGAAAGAAUGAUUGAGCUGAAAGUUAUCAAAACAACAUACAUAUAGAUCCAAAGAGAAUUCAGUUGGAUUUUUUUUUUCAUUUAGAAUAUAUAAAACCAACAAAAUAGCUUGACCAUAUUUCCAGAAGUGUUGUAUUGUCAGAGACAGUAGUUCUUUAAUACCAUGUUAUUCUGUAAUAAUGAUAAGUUAUUUUAUUUCAGCAGAUGUGUAGUAAUUAACUUAUUGGAUGAGCCUGCGCCUAUGUAUGUUUUAAUAGAAAUAUGGCACAAUAUAAAUGCUGUGGAAUCUUCAUCAUCAUCAUCAUGAGAAUGAGGACUUGUGAACUUUAAAGUAUUAUGCAGUGUUUUAAAAAUUCAAAUAAAUGAAUUGCUACGUUUUGAUAGAGUUAACAUUAUGGUAAUUGAAUGUUUAUUUAUAGUGAUUUUAUAAAAGAUGACUUAAGCAUUUCCUGUAUUUAAUUAUCUUAACAUGUGUGUGUUAAAUGUUUUAAAAAAGGCAUAUUUGGGAUAAACGUAUGCUUCUUAAUUUUUAUGUUUUUCAUGUAAAUGACCAAUUACUACAGGCGGAAGCAUUCAUCUCAUCAGUACUAAAUUGAAAAAUGGUCCAAUAUCAUUUACAUAGAUUACUUACUAGUACUAAAACACCUCUUACCAAAUCUGUAAUAUAGUACUUCCUAAUGAAUUAUGUUUUUUUAAGUAUUAUUUUUUCCAAAGGGCCUCUGCUAAGAAAUUGUAAUCUGUUUUCCAAUUUAAUUGAAAAAAAAUAAUACACAAAAGCAUAUCGUGAAUUGAGUUACACACUCCCUAUAUGUUAUCAUUCUGUUUCGAUGCAUUGUACACAAGACCUGAAGCGUGACAAACAUUUUAUUGAACUGAACAAAAAUGGAUACAGGAUUUAAUAUCAACCUGUGUUUCUUCUCAAUGAUCUUAAAUUCAAUUUCGACAUUGUAUUUAUUUUUCUUACCGUAUGUUGGUGAGUCCAAAGGCCAUAAGCUUUUCUAUAUAUUUUAAAUGAAAUUUUUGAAGAAUGCCUAAAAUGACUUUUUCAAUUAACAAAUAGUGGGGAGUAUACGUGUGUAAAUAUCUUAGAGGUGUAUGGAUAUGGGAGAGAGGGGGUAAGACCUAUAUAAUCUGAUCAAAGUAUUUGUAAUUGGUUUUCAAAGUAACAAAAACAUAUUUUAGGUGAGUUUUUCUUUAGUUCUUUAUUAUCAUUGUAUGUGAUGAAGGGUGCUAAUGGUGGAAUUGAACUAUUGAAAUCUGUGAUUACAUAAUUAUGUGUAAAUUGAAAGAUAAUGCGUCAGUGGGUGAUGUCUGAUAUAGCGUGCCUAGAUAGUGCCUUCUAGAAUUAAAACAUGAUGGCUUCUUAAGUGAAGUUAUAAUUUCUUGAAAAUAUGUUUUUAACCUUGCUAAAAGUCUACUCACUUCAUUUUGAUUGCUGUUAUGUCUUUUGCUCUUUUUUUCUGCCUUCAUAUCACCAAAACAGAAACGUUUAUAGCUACAUGAAUGUUUUAUAGUUCACACAAUUUGUAUCCUUAUCUACACGCCAGAAUCAUAAAUGUUUCUUACAAUAUGAUAUUCUUGCCGUGGCAAUUUUAAGAUAAUGAAAGCCAAAAGUUAAUCUAGUUAAAAUAUGUAUGCAUGACUCACAUGCAUACUGGAUUGUUACUUAUUAUGGUUACAGUAUAGAAUAUUUCUUCUCAUGAAGUAAUACUACAAGAGACUUUGAUCCUUUUCACCUUCUAGGAAUGUGUGAUGUUUAUUCGGGCAUUGGGAAGGUCAAAAUAUUGAGAUAAUUUUGUGAUUGCUGCAGAGAUCAGGUUUAAACAAUUAAUUUCUGGUUAAAAUGUGCUGUAUUGAACCUGGGUCGCUACUUAAUCAUUCUGUGCUUGUGUGUAUGUUUUGCAUUCCUUUGCUAUGAGAGUUAUUAUGCUUAAAUCAACGAUUUUGAUACUUAUGUUUAGUUUGUGUACAUAAAACAGAACUCCAAUAUGCAAAGUUCUUCCGAAAAAAAAUCUUGAAAAAAGUUUUCUUGUUUGGAUAUUAUUGUAUCAUUACCCAUUUCUAGUCAUGUUCUGAAAUAGUGUAGUUUUGCAUGGUUUCUUAUUUUAUUUUUAGCUUUAUUUGUUUUUUCUGAUAUUUAUUGAAGAAUCAUAAACUUCUGCACAUAUGAUACUUAUCAACCUAGAACUAAGAUUUUUAUAUACAUCGUGAACAAAUUGAAAUGUAUUCAGUUAGUAAUGUAUUCCUGUCUUGUACAUUGUAUUCUGAUAUUUGCAUCUGGCUUGUCUAUGCUUCUGCUAAUUGAAUUUCAAAAAAAUAGAUGAAUAAAACGUUAUUGCAUAAUUUAA